CUUCUUUAAGAGAACAACUUUCCUGUAAACAUGUACGGUAGUAGCUUGGAUAGGACACGUAAUAAUGGAGCAUCCCCAAGGCAGGUUCGCGCGAAUACGAAGCUUGACGGAAUUGAGUUCCUUGCGUAUCUGGAAACAACUUCCGCCCGAGCUGGCGGAGCGUAUUGUCUCCCUCCUGCCAGCCAACGAAGUUCCAUGCACAGUGCGACUUGUUAACAAAGCCGCGGCAGCGCAAUUCCACGGUCCGAAGUACACGACGACGAGGCUUUCAGCGCCUGUGCCAAAGCACGCCUUCGCGCAGCGUUGGGGUGGACCCGAUGCCGUGCGUGGCAUGUCGCGGACACAGCGAACGGACCUUAUGUGCCUCACAGCCCGCAGCGGUGUCAUUGAUAACCUAGCAUUAGCAGCAGCAUCCACAAGAUUGAUCACAGGAAUCUUUCCAUCAAUGAAAGUGCUCGAGGCCGCUGCAGCGGCCAAACAAUUGGAAGCCUUCAAGUGGGCACUGCAACAUGGACACUGCAUCCUUAGGAUGGCUGCGCUCGAGUAUGCAUCCAGUACGGGACUGAAGGCUGCAUGCGAGGCGUGCUUGGCUCACGGCUGUCCUUGGAGCGAACACGCCGUGUAUGCUGCUGCUAGCAGUGGUCACGUGGGCCUGAUGCACUGGCUCAUUCUUCAGCGUCCGUCGGAUGAUGAGCCACUGGACUACCUCUAUGUGUUGCAUGGGGCCGCUGAGGGCUGCAAGCUCGGAGAGCUGCAGCGGCUUCUGCACGAGUGGCAGGCCGCGGGUCUGCUGGAGGAGGAGCAGGAGGAGGAGUGGAAGCCCUUCAUGCUGGCGGCCGCAGCUGGCAGCGCCACAGCCGACUGGCAGGCCAAGGUAGCCUGGCUGGAGGCGCAGGGCUUUCCACAGAGCCCUAACGCAUCUGCAGCGGCCGGUACCUGCUCGGAUGCGCUGGCACGCCUGACGUGGCUUCAGGGCAAGGGCUACCCACUGGUCACAGCAGCUGCAAGCCGUGUCACGGAGCGGGGUGCUGCUGACGCGCUGCGAUAUCUCCUGGAGCGGGGCGUCUGGCCGGCUGACACUGCGGUGCAUGCUGCUGCAGUACGGGGCCACCUGGACGUGCUGGUUCUGCUAAUCGGACAGGGCUACCCUCUUACUCGCGACCUCGCAUUCAUCGCAGCAAGCGGCGGCCACGUAUCCACCGUCACCUGGCUGUUGGAGACGGUGGAGCAGCAGCAGCCGGAGCAGCAGCAGCCGGAGGAGCAUCCGCUGCUGCACGGCAAGUACCUCUUCCGCGCAGCCACCCAGUCGGGUAACCUGGGUCUCAUGUCUUGGCUGCGGCAGCGCGGCUGCCCCUGGGAUGCAGCCGCUUACGGCUUCGCUGCGGAGGCUGGCAGCGAGGAGGCCCUGGAGUGGCUGGCCCACAGCGGCUGCCCGCGCGAGCCCGAGGAUGUGUUUACGGCGGCGGUGCCGCCCUACGCCAUGGCUGCUAACCACGGCGACCUGGCGACCAUGCAGUGCCUGAGGAGGCUGGGAUGGCCUUGGGACCCGGCGGGUGCGACCUUCACGGCAUGCGUUAGGCAGGAGCAGUGUCCGCCGCCCGUGCUGGCCUGGCUGGUGGCGGAGGGGUGUCCGGUGGACUGGGAGGCGGCGGUGGCGACGGUGGCUAAGCGCAUGGCUUUUGCGGAAAGUAGGUGGCACCAGUGCGCUAGGGAGGCGUGGGAGUGGCUGCGCGCACACAGUGGUAGUGAGUGGUGGCAGCAGCGGCAGUUUGGGUCGCUGGAGGAGGCGAUGGAGAGGGUGCUGGAGCAGGCGCGGGAGGAGGCGGUGGCAGAGUGGGAGCAGGAGGAGCAGGAGGAGGAAGGGGACUGGGAACAGUGGCCGGAGGGUGGAGAGGGCGAGGGUGGUGAGGGUGAUUGGGAGGGCGAGGGCGAGCAAGAAGGGGAUGGCGAGCAGGCCGCUGUAGAGGAGCAGGGGGAGCAGGGGUAAUGGGAACGAUUGUAGCAGCAGGAUGAGGAUUGCGUCUGAGCAGCCCUUCAUGGCUUCUCCGUGUGCAUUUCCUGAAAGGACGGAGGAUGUCCGCAAGGCGGGAUACGGUACUUGGCCUUGAGAGCAUGUACAUACUCUAGAGGUCCGCCUUGGUCCGCCAAGUCAUGAGCGGCAAGUCGCUGCAGCAUUGACUGCUCACUCAUUUCGGGGUGGUUUCCACUCGGGGUACUGCUAAUUUGUCGUACAAACGGUCACGUGUUGGGGAUUGGAGGCGGACCCCUUCGUUGGCGGACCUCGUCGUUGGCUGCAUUCCAAAGCUGGGAUUCGGAUGCAUUUCAGAGCUCGGAUUCGGCCAUCGGAUUGCCCUGUUGUGAUGCGGGACGUGAGGGAUACUCGGUCAUGUUGGCGACAACCCAUGCCUACGCCGGGUCAUGGAUGAUGUUUUCGUGCAUUACUGAACUGUUGUUCUGAUUGGCUGUAGCCGGGCGAUAAUGUAGCCGGUACGCGCAUGUGCGCUGAGAGCAAUCAGAGCAUGCGUACGUUGCUACCCACAACAACACAUUAGGACACUACGCCAUGCAUAUAUUCUACCUUCGCUGCUGCUGCUGCUGCUGCUGCUCCUACCACCAUGUAUGCCUGUAUACACGCGAGUUGCUCAAGGCAGGGCCCCCGCGAGGUGCCCUGGCGGUUGCCCUGGAGCUACAUUUAGUUCUGGAGGACGGUUGGUGGGGUGUUGUUGCAAGAGGGGGGACGUAAGGAUGGCCAUGUGGCCAUGUUGGUGUAGUGUCAUAACGUCAUAAGGCCUGGAGGCGAUAGUACGACAAGCGGCCCCAAGGCCCAUUAGCGCACCAACCAAACAUUUACAAGUAGC